AUGCUUAUUGAUUUCUUUUGGAACCAUAUACUUUCUUUCAGUACCCCAAUUGCACCUUUAAAUCGGGCCGCCUCAUCCAAUCCGGAAAUUAAGAAAGUUCCCCAACGUCCUACAACACCGUUUGAUCCGGAAACAAGAAUUAACUUUCCCCAUGCCAUAGUUAUUGCUGAUUUUUGUCCACAGCAGGAAUAUGAACUAGGAGCAAAAAAGGGUACUGUCAUAGGCCUAACAGAAUGUCGUGAUGAUAGUUGGUAUUAUGCAUACACUUUCGAUCUGAAGCAAGUGGGGUAUAUUCCUCGCAAUUUCCUCAAGGGUAUGAAACUGUGUGAAGACGCCGAUCUUUUUCUCUUGGUUACCAAAACUUUUAGGCCGCAAUCACAUGUUGAUAUUGGUGCAAGGGCCGGCGACAUUAUGCUAUGUUUGGAUAGUAAAGUGAAUUAUGGGGAUCCGAUUCCAAACAAGUGGAUUUACUGCAUGAAUCUGAGUGGCCGACAAGGAGUCUUCCCGGGGAGCGGGUUAGAGAUCCUGGAUUCACGAUCGAAAAUUAAUGAUUUGCUCCUAAAGGCUCCACAUGCCAUAGCGAAAACAUCAAUCAGCAAUCCUGCUGAUGGCUACGUUCAAAUUAGCUUAGGUGAGGCCUUGUACAUUGAAAAGCAAGUUGGUGAUUCAGUCUUUGGCCGAACGGCAAGUGGAAAGGUGGGCAAACUCGCUCUGAACGAUUGCAAUGUUAUCGUACCUCCAUGA